AUGUUGAGUUUCGGGGUAUCAUUUUGCCUGUGGGUAGUCCUGCUAAGGAACACAAUUGAAACGAGUGCAAGUGCGGCCAAUAUUACAAUAAUAUAUCGGGACUAUUUGCAGAAUAUGGUCGAAGCGAUAGAUAUAAGUACUGAUCCAUGUGACAAUUUCUUCCUCCAUGCCUGUGGCAAAAUGGACUUUAACGUGACGACUGAAAAAGAUAAUGGAUCUGAGGAAAACAACCAGCGUCAACAUAUUCCACCGUUUCUCUACAAUCAUCAGGAUUAUUAUGAAUUUUUCGAAGGUCAUAAAUCGAAAUUCAGUACUAAAGCGGGAAUUUUGGUGCGAGAUUUAUAUGAUCUGUGCAAAGAGGCCCAUGUUGAUAAAGUUAGCCCACGUCGCAUCUGGCUGUAUAUGAUUAACGACAUUCCCUUAUUGGAAACCGACCGCAGCCUAUUGCGCAAGUGGCCCUUUUUACAAUAUCAAUGGGAGACAUACGAUCGACAAUUGGACUUGAAUUGGCCCCUGUUGGCAGCGGAAUUUGCUGCCCAUGGUUUUGAGAUAUUUUUCAAUAUCUUCUUUGCCGAAAAUACCAUUUACAUUACACGCAAUAAGGACUUCCUUUGUCCAAGUUUGGACGAAUUCGAACAUUCUCUGAUGCCCCUGCUGAGGCAAAGAAAUGCUCAAAUUGCCACAAUUAUCGGAACGGAAUUGUGGCACUUCUGUCGUCAGUUGAAAGGUGAAAUCCCUCUGUCCCAAGAAACUUUGGAAAUGACUGACUUUCUGUUGGAUCAAACCAUGAGCGAUUUUCUUCAGCGUUACUUCGCACGUCUCAAUCUCACGGGUGAGGAUAUAGAGCAGGCACGCAAAAUCGUCGUCAACGUCCAUAUUUUAAGUGAAAUGAUGGCAAUAUUGAAAGCCACAAAUCCGCGCAUUGUCUACAACUAUGUUGUCUGGCAUGUGUAUCAGCAGCUGCUGGCAAUGAAUGAUUGUUUUUCGCUGACAGAUGAGUUCCAGUAUUUGUUGCAAGCCGAAUAUUGGCAGUGGUCCGCCUUUGAAGAUCAUUUUCGACGUGAAGUUGCCAUCGCAACAUUUCUCUUUCACACCACACGUUUUCAACGGUAUUAUCGCAAUGGCAUUACCAGUUCAUCGGUGGAUCGCUUAUUACAAAAUCGUUCACAGCGAAAAGAUCUUAACAUCGAGAGAUCCAUACGCAAUUACGCCAAAGAACUUCAAAAGGAGGAGAAAUAUUCCGCCAUAUAUGAUACAAUGGACUUAGCUAACAAAUCCCAUAAACCGAAAUUCUAUACAAAUCUUUUGGAAAUUAGACGGCUAACGAUUCGCCAUUCUUUCUAUAAUUCCUAUGUGGACCUGGAGGAUAUGAACUUUUUCCAAGAAUUCAUUAACUUCUGCAUUCUUUUAUUGUUUCGGCCACGACUGCACUACUUCGCCACCUACGACCGGGAAAUGUGGAAGAAUUCGAAAUUGCUUCACAGUUCAGAUGGUUUAUUGACGGCCAUGGAUUGCUUGGACCGACAAAGUCUUCUGCACGUCGACGACUAUGGCAAACUCUUUGAGGGUCUAAAGGCUGAACAUGUCACAGAUAUAUACAAUUUCUAUACAUCCUUUAUGGAAUCGAUGGCCGACUAUAACUUUUGGCUAGAGAGUGAAAAUUUCGCCAUGGCCGAAGAUUUUAUUUUUGAAUACUUCCAUUUGGACUCAUCGCGCAUAAUGUACUAUGCGGUAGCUCAACAAUUAUGCCAACGUAAUGAUGACCUCUAUAGCAUUGUAAUCAAUCGAAGUUUCAUGAAUAUGCAGGAAUUUCAGCGGGUGUUCGAAUGCGCCGAUGACGAUCCGAUGAAUCCGCUGACAAAGUGUUUAACAUAG